AUGAAUAAGAAGGAAUUCGACACAGAGACCCUCAUGAUUCCGGCUGACUUCAAGGAGCUGAACAUCUACGAUGGGAUAAAGGAGAGAUUGGCUGGCCUGGACAUCGGUGUCCUGGUGAACAAUGUGGGGAUGAUGAACGACCCCCAGCCCUUCCUAGAUGUCCCAGAGGGCGAGAAGACGUAUCAGGAUAUGCUCCUGGUCAACAAUCUCUCCAUGGUCCAAAUGACGAAGAUGAUCCUUCCCAUGAUGGUGGAGAAAGGAAAGGGGAUCGUGAUGAAUGUCUCCUCCAUUGUUGGCGUAUCCCCUCUUCCUUUCAUUACGACCUACUCCGCAACAAAGGCAUUUGCGGACAGCUUCUCUCGGGGUCUCGCCUACGAAUACAAAGAUAAAGGGAUUCACGUCCACCUCGUCGGUCCUGGGUUCGUGUACACGAAUAUCACUGACAAAUUCGUGGAUCGGCCGGAUUUCCUUUUGCCGACUCCUGAUACCUUCGUUCGAUCUGAUCUCCGCUCCAUCCCCAAAAUCCAAGUAACCUCCGGUUAUGGGUUCCAUAAUCUCAUGGUAUGA